GAUCCCAAUUGACAAACAUAAAAGAACGGUUCCGUCGCUACGGUGCGAUCCUCCCUCCUACCCGCGGGCCCCAUUCCAACCUCUGCAUUAGUUUUCCAUUUCCAGGAAACUCCUCCCUUCCCCCACCGCACUCCCAAACUCGUACAAAGGGACAUGGCUUUAAUUUAAAAAUUGAAAUCCCCAUCCUCUUCUCUUUGUCCUCCCCUUCUUGAACGAAAUCUCUCUUUCCACACAACCACCAUUUCUUGUCCCUCUUCUUCCUCUUCAGUUUAUUUAUAUAUUGUUUCGGUUUUCAUCUUCUGGGUCUGUGGAAUCGGAAGUGUAGCAUUUGUGUGAUCCUUUUAAUUCUGAUGGUGUCCUGACUUGCUGAUUCUAAUCUCAGACGAAUAACUCAAAUUAGGAAUGGUAACUGGAACUCCAUAUUUCGUUGAUAUUCGGUGUAAACCCAAACUCAUGGAUCCUCUUCCACAAGAUGAAGAUUCAACAGAUUGUGGUCAUGACGACAAAGAGCCCAUUUAUAAACCUAAUUCAACAGUUUCUAGCAGCGUUAGCGAACUAUUGGAAUGUCCGGUGUGCCGAAAUGCUAUGUAUCCACCUAUUCAUCAGUGUUGCAAUGGUCACACGUUGUGUUCUGGGUGCAAGCCGAGGGUACAAAACCGAUGCCCAACGUGUAGGCAUGAGCUUGGCAACAUCAGAUGCCUUGCUCUUGAGAAGGUCGCUGCAUCUCUCGAACUCCCUUGUAAGUACCACAGUUUUGGGUGCGUGGGGGUAUACCCUUACUAUAGCAAGCUGAAGCAUGAGUCUGAAUGUGCUUUCAGACCUUACAAUUGCCCUUAUGCGGGAUCUGAGUGCUCCGUGAGUGGAGACAUUCCCUUUUUAGUGAAACAUUUGAAAGAGGAACACAAGGUUGAUAUGCACAAUGGAACCACUUUUAACCAUCGCUACGUUAAGUCCAAUCCACAUGAGGUUGAUAAUGCCACGUGGAUGCUCACUGUAUUCAGUUGCUUUGGGCAGUAUUUUUGCUUGCAUUUCGAAGCAUUUCAGUUGGGGACGUCCCCAGCUUACAUAGCAUUCUUGAGGUUCAUGGGGGAUGAUAGUGAAGCUAAAAAGUAUAGCUACAGCCUUGAAGUCGGAGGGAACGGGAGGAAGAUGACUUGGCAAGGGGUUCCGAGAAGUAUACGGGACAGUCAUCGGAAGGUCCGUGAAAGCUAUGAUGGCCUUGUCAUUCAACGUAAGAUGGCUCUUUUCUUCUCCGGUGGUGAUCGGAAAGAGCUCAAACUCAGAGUCACUGGUAGGAUCUGGAAAGAGCUAUGACAUGUUUCAACAAGGAAUCAUCCUACUAGUUCCACAUUUUGCAGUUUAACCAUCUGAUUUCUCUCUCGUUUUUUAGCAUAGAAAGCAAGAUCUCUUUGCUUUGUGUAAUUGUGCAUGCAAAAAAAACAUUUUUUUUUUUAUAUCAAAUGUGAUUUUAUUUUUAUUUUUCAAGGUCAAACGGAACAUGAAAAUUUAAAAACGUUCCUUUCUUUUCUCUUCCAUCCCAUUUUUAAGCACCAACUAUAGUUGUAUGGCUUAGUGACUUCAUCAAACAAUCAAGCGUGAACUUGGUUA